UCCGUACUGUGUAAGUAAGUUAAAUUACUCCGUAUGGAUCCGUACCGAUUCGCUUCACAUGCCAGAACCGCUGUCAAGAGCUUCGAUUGGCGCGAGCUGACGGCCAGCUGCCACCCCACGAGUCAGCAUAACCAAGGGCCCCACGGUUUCCCUCGGCUCCUUGGGGUAGAUCGCCCGUGGCAUGCGGUUAGAUGGACGGAGUGCCGUCUGGGGAAGGAGGCGGGUUGUGCUUUCUUUCUUUCCUGCCAGCCAUUGAAUCUUUGAAGUCUUCUGUUUUUGUUUGUUACUCUCGGUCGGAACCCAAUUCUUGUCUUCUGCAUUGUCUCAACGACCAACUCUCUGACUCGUCCAAGGCUCCCGAGUUACACUGAGCCCUCUCUGCUCACCCAGCAUUGUGCUUAUUACUAGUGCGAUUGCCUAUACCUCUGUGCGUGCUAUUAGUGAACGCCAUGUCUUCGUUCGCGAGAGCACUCCGUCCUGCGCUGCGGCGGAGUCAGACCGUCAUGACUAGAUUGUCCUCUUCCCCAGCUCCUAGAGUCCAGAGGAUAGCCGGAUCAUGCAAUGCGCCACACCAAUCACGAUGUCUAUCUUCGACUCCCCGUCGUUUGCAUGAUAUCUCUGAAAUCCCUCCCACCCCCAUCUCGCACCUCUCCGAGACCGAGGCCGCCAUGCAAGAAGCAGUCUCCAAGUUCGCCAACGACGUCAUUCUGCCCAAAGUCCGCGACAUGGACGAGGCCGAGUCCAUGGACCCAACGCUGGUGGAGCAGCUGUUCGAGCAGGGAUUGAUGGGUGUAGAGAUCCCCGAGGAAUACGGCGGCGCCGGCAUGAACUUCACCUCAGCCAUUGUGGGCAUUGAGGAGCUGGCCCGGGUCGACCCCUCGGUCUCGGUCAUGGUGGACGUCCACAACACCCUCGUGAACACGGCCAUCAUCAAGUGGGGAAGCACCGAGCUCAAGAAGCGGUUCCUACCAAAGCUGGCCACCAACACGGUCGGCUCGUUCUGUCUGUCCGAGCCCGUCUCCGGGUCCGAUGCCUUCGCGCUCGCCACCAAGGCCACCAAGACGGCCGACGGCUACAAGAUCAGCGGCAGCAAGAUGUGGAUCACCAACAGCAUGGAGGCCAACUUCUUCAUCGUCUUCGCCAACCUCGACCCCAGCAAGGGCUACAAGGGCAUCACGGCCUUCAUCGUCGAGAAGGACGCCAAGGGUUUCAGCAUCGCCAAGAAGGAGAAGAAGCUCGGCAUCAAGGCCAGCAGCACGUGUGCCAUCAACUUUGACGACGUCGAGAUCCCGAGGGAGAACCUGCUCGGCAAGGAGGGUGAUGGAUACAAAUAUGCCAUCGGACUGCUAAACGAGGGCAGAAUCGGCAUCGCCGCCCAGAUGACUGGUCUGGCGUUGGGCUCAUGGGAGAACGCCGUCAAAUACGUGUGGAACGACCGCCGGCAAUUCGGCCAGCUGGUCGGCGAGUUCCAGGGCAUGCAGCACCAGAUCGCGCAGAGCUACGUCGAGAUCCAGGCCGCCCGGGCCCUGGUCUACAACGCGUCGCGGAAGAAGGAGGCCGGGCAGGACUUUGUGCGGGACGCCGCCAUGGCCAAGCUGUACGCGUCACAGGUCGCCGGCCGCGUGUCCGGCCUCGCCAUCGAGUGGAUGGGCGGCAUGGGCUUCGUCCGGGAGGGCCUCGCCGAGAAGUUCUGGAGGGACAGCAAGAUCGGCGCCAUCUAUGAGGGCACCAGCAACAUCCAGCUCAACACCAUCGCAAAGUCCCUGCAGAAGGAGUAUACUGCAUAACUUUGUGGGGCGUGAAUUGUGUCGAGAUGUUGCUCAUGCAACUUCGUGGAAAUAUAGCGAAGGUCCGCAUUUUGGCGCAAGAUAUUUUGGGGGCGCAUUGUAGACAACUUAGCAUGUUUGUGGUGUUGAUAGGCUCAUUAGAUAUAAUGAAGACGUUCUAAUCUA